UCUUGUCACAACACACCGCAGUCGCCACAAAGAAAAACGCUGCUUGUGUGAGAGAGUACAAAAAAAUACUCUGGCGGCUUUCCUGUGCAAUUCCAGCACUGGUUGUACCCCGAAGACAUGGGAAACCUUCGUACAACUACCAUGAAGCAAGGGAAAUUAGAAAUAUUUCGCAUAACUCUAAAUACGGCUUUAUAAGAACACCGGGAGUCUCAAAUAACCGGCUAAAUGGGGAACGAAAAGAUAAUGGUUUUUCGGCCUAGCCGUUCAGAGUUUUCCGAUUUCUCUGGUUUUGUACGUAAGAUGGAGGCCCAAGGAGCUCACAAAGCGGGGGCAGCAAAGAUAAUCCCACCCAAAGGUUGGAUUGCUAGACGUGACUACGAUAAUGUGAAUGUGGAUAUACCAGCGCCUAUUCAACAAGUUGUUACAGGAACACAAGGCUUGUACCAACUAUUCAAUGUGCAAAAGAAGCCCAUGUCAUAUGGAGAAUUCAAGACUAUUGCCAACAGUGAAAGGUAUCAGCCACCGAAGGGAGACUUUGAUGAGCUGGAGCGCAAAUAUUGGAAAAACAUCACAUUUAAUGCCCCAAUCUAUGCAGCUGAUAUAUCAGGUUCAAUAUUUGACAAGACUGUGAAAGAGUGGAAUGUGAGCCGGCUCCAGACCAUUCUAGAUCUCAUCAAUACAGAGUACAAAGUCAAGGUAGAGGGUGUUAACACACCUUAUCUGUACUUUGGCAUGUGGAAAGCUACAUUUGCCUGGCAUACUGAAGACAUGGACCUGUACAGUAUAAACUACAUUCAUUAUGGUGCUCCAAAAACAUGGUAUGUGGUGCCUCCUGAACAUGGCCCUCGUCUUGAAAGGCUGGCAUCAGGCUUUUUUCCUGGCAGCUUCCAAAGUUGCCCCCACUUUAUGAGGCACAAGAUGACAGUUAUCUCACCUCAAGUUUUAAAAAAGUUCUCAAUCCCCUUUGAUAAGAUCACACAAGAAGAAGGGGAGUUUAUGAUUACCUUCCCAUAUGGAUAUCAUUGUGGGUUUAACCAUGGAUUCAACUGUGCAGAGUCUACAAACUUUGCAUCAGAGAGAUGGAUAGAUUAUGGGAAGAAAGCCGGUGUGUGUGAAUGCAAGACAGACUCUGUCAAGAUUUGUAUGGAUGCAUUUGUCAAGAAAUACCAACCAGACCAGUGGGAGAGUUACUUGGCUUCCAAGAGUGAAAGUGACAGCAGCAGUGAGGGGGAGAGCGAUGAGGAGAGUGAAGAUGAAAGUGAGGAUGAAGAAGUUGAUGUAGAAACUGUUUGUCAAAAGGGAAGCUCGAGAAUAUACAAGAGAAAAAGACCAGUCAGAAGCGCCAACAGACCAAGACCUAAACGCCAACCACUAGUCACCAAGUCAGUCACACUACCCAGUCCGAGAAGAAAGGUCAACGAGCCAGGGAAAGAUAAUGGUGGUGUCGCCGGCAAACAUCACAAUCCAACAGUGAUUGAUCUGCCACCUGGAAUUUUCACCUACGGCCCUCUUAAUGCUCGCCUUGAGCAAGCGUUUAACAUGGCUAUGGCAGAACUUACGCCUAACUGCUCAGUCUGCCAGUUUUUCACCAAGCUAAAGGUGCAGCCAUUGAGUCACCUCAAGGAACGUAUACCCAAGCUCUUAGACGUUCCUCCUCGCGAUAGCACUUCGGGUUCUCCACCCAUGUCUACGAGGACGCGGUCACGGUCAUCCAUCCCUGUCAUCCCAGAAAUCUGCUUCAUGUCUGAAGGAGCAAGUCCCGAGAGCAUGAGCUCCUGGCUGGACACUCGCUUCACCGGUGAUUCAGACAGUCCGCUGCUUAGAUGCCAGCACUGCAUGGUCACAGUUCACGCAAGUUGCUACGGUGUACAAGACGUCUGUCAAGAUACGCCCUGGAAGUGUCAACGCUGCAGCCAGGAGGACGAGGAACAAGUUACAUCAACGUCCUGUUGCCUUUGUACCGUACGUGGAGGAGCGCUGAAGCGAACACAGGAAGGAGAGUGGGUACACAUUGCGUGCGCUAUCACUUUACCCGAAGUCGAGUUCACAGACAUUGGUAACCGAUCAGGCAUCACCACUGAAAAGAUACCGCCAGCCAGGAGAAAGCUGAGAUGUUCUAUAUGCAACGAGCCUCCAGCGUCUGUCACUAGAAGCGCAUGCGUACAGUGCUGUGCGGGAAAAUGUGCCACGUCAUUCCAUGUGACCUGUUGCUUGUUGACCAGCAAGCCUUUGGAGCCGAGCGACUGGCCUCAGCCUAUUAGCACGUACUGUGACAGGCAUCGCAGGGAUAAGUAUAAGGCAGCUGAGCGUGAUUUCUCAGAAAUAGGCGUUGGCGAACGUGUGAUUGGAAAGCACAAAAACGGAAGAUACUAUCGAGGGACAGUUCUUAGCAUGACAUCUGAAGAGUACUAUGUGGUCUCAUUCGACGAUGGCACUGUCUGCGAAAACCUUCCGCCCAAGGAUAUAGAGGGUUAUGAGAGGAGAAAUGGCUCAAUAGCAGAAGGUACCAUGGUACUAGUCAACUGGAAGGAGGGCGAAGCCCUUUACCGCGCCAGGGUCAAUAGUAGACGGAUAUGCGUUACUUACCAGAUACGAUUUGAGGAUGAGUCGUGCCUUGGCGUGCGCCGUGAGGACGUUUAUAAAGAGCGGGAGGAGUUACCCAGCAGAGUCCGCCAGAAAUUGUCAACGGCAACAGAGACAGCGCGCCUUUCUUACUGGGAUGACGUACCGUCAGCAGGGGCAAAAAGGCAGCGCAAGCAAAACCCUCGCUACGGCUACACAACGUCCUCGUGACAAGAAACCUCGAUGCUAGUAGAACGUUUGCUGAGGCAAGAUCAUAUCCUCUUGACAAAAAAUCCUUGAUGCUAGUAGAAUGUUAGCUGAGGCAAGACCAUGUUUAUCUGUAAGGUCGCUUAUAGCCAUCGUAGGCAUUUUUACUAAUCGCUCGUCUUUGUAGCAAUUUCCAAACUCGGCUGAUGAUGUACAUUUUAGCCAAUUAAAUUCGGCUUUGUAUGAAUUAAUCGUGCAUGAUCGACAUUCGUAUUUAAUUAAAGAUAUAUUUAUCCAGA